GCUGUGAGGAUUUCUCUCCUCCCGCGCCUGGAAACAGCAGGACAGUCAGUCAGUCAGUCAGCCACAGCAAUCUCUCCUCCCACUCCACAUCAUAUUCCCCUCAUUCUCCCUUCACUUUCUUUCUCCGUUUCUCUGACCCCAGAUGUCUCCAGCUUUCACCAGAAACUCCCCUCAGGACUGACUUUAACCAGUUCUCCGGCGUCGGAGCGUUACUUGCUCUUCUCAUUUCGCGUUGUAGAAACAUGCCAAGUCGGGUCAGCGUUGCGAUUUUGCGGUUCAAUUGUGUUUUGUUUCUGGCUGCGAGCCACGUCAAGAGCUCUGAACCGGACUACCUCUUUCCAGACACAGAGCAAGAGCACUUCGUCAAGCAGCACUCUGAGUUUUAUGUGGAUCAUCCUGAAAAAGUAAAUGGAGAAGGGAAGUUCAUCUCUUAUGCUUUAUCACAUCACUUCACCAGGCGGCGUCAGAAGAGAGACCUGAAUUCAGCAGAGAGGCGAGUGUAUUACAAACUCAACUACAGAGGUCGAGAGCUGACUCUUAAUCUGACCACCAAUGACAAUCUGCUGUCCAACGAAUUUAUUGUGGAGAAACGCAACGGGAGUUUAGCAGAGAAGUGGCCACAAUCAUCUGAUAGCGGUUCCUGCCAUCUUAUUGGCACAGUGACGGAUGACAACGUACAAGCGACCGCCGCCAUCAGCACCUGUGAGGGACUGAGAGGGCUGUUAAAUUUACCAGAGGGGCCAUUAUUGAUCGAGCCGGUCCGUGGACGCAGCCCAAACCUCACUCAUCCACAACACCCGCAUGUUCUCUACCAGAGCUCAACCUGGAGCAGAUUCAGACAGAGACGCAGCAUAGACGCACACCAACAGAGUCCCUGUGGGGUCAAAGAUAGUUCCGGAUAUUUCCAACAGGUGGAGCAGGAUCGGGAGCUCUGGGAGCGAGAGAGUGUGGACCGGAAUCACCGUCCAGAUCCGGAGCGGCCCCGGAGGAUCUCCCCCCGCUCCAUCAGCAGAGAGCGCUGGGUGGAGACCAUGGUGGUGGGCGACUCCAAACUCGUGGACUACCAUGGAAGUGGGAGCGUUGAGUCCUACAUCUUUACCAUCAUGAACAUGGUGGCUGGAAUUUUUCAUGACGCCAGCAUCGGUAAUGCUAUUCAUAUAGUACUGGUGCGACUCAUUCUGCUUCAUGGAGAGGAGAAAGGGCUGAAGAUUAUUCACCAUGCUGAUACCACUCUCACCAGCUUCUGUACUUGGCAAAAAAACCUCAAUCCUCAGAGUGACACUCAUCCGGCACACCAUGACGUUGCUAUUCUCAUCACACGGAAGGAUGUCUGCGCUGGCAUGAAUCAGCCGUGCGAGACUCUGGGUUUAUCUCACCUGUCAGGCAUGUGUCAGCCGCAUCGAUCCUGCAAUAUCAAUGAGGACUCGGGGCUUCCUGUGGCGUUUACCAUCGCUCAUGAGCUCGGACACAGUUUUGGCAUCCAGCAUGACGGUCAGGGCAACGACUGUGAGUUUGUGGGCAAACAGCCCUUCAUCAUGUCCCGGCAGCUCCAAUAUGACUCCUCUCCUCUCACCUGGUCAUCCUGCAGUAAAGAGUACAUCACACGCUUUCUGGAUCGUGGCUGGGGUUUCUGUCUGGAUGACCGUCCUUCUAAGAGAGACCUGAGCACCCCGGGAGCAGCUCCAGGAGUGAGAUACACACCGCAGCACCAGUGCCAACUGCAGUACGGCCCUAACGCCACCUUCUGCUCAGAAGUUGAGAAUGUGUGUCAGAUUCUGUGGUGCUCAGUAAAUGGAUCGUGCCGCUCUAAACUAGACUCACCGAUCGACGGAACCAGGUGUGGACCUGAAAAGUGGUGUAUCUCUGGUGAGUGUGUGAUCGUGGGGAAGUUACCGGAAACCGUGCAUGGAGGCUGGGGUCCCUGGAGCUCCUGGUCUCACUGUUCUCGCACCUGUGGAGCCGGAGUUCAGACGGCAGACAGGGAAUGCAACCAGCCUAAGCCUGAGUUUGGUGGGAAGUAUUGCACAGGAGAGCGGAAGCGCUACCGUGUUUGCAACACAAAGCUGUGUGUCAGAAAACAUCCCAGCUUUAGAGAGAUGCAGUGCAGUGAAUUCAACACCGUGCCGUAUCACAAUGAACUCUACCAGUGGAUUCCUGUUUCAAGCCCUUCGCGUCCUUGCGAGCUUCACUGCAAACCUGUGGAUGAAAACUUUUCUGAGAAGAUGUUGGAUGCGGUUACAGAUGGAACGCCCUGCUUUAUGAACAACAACAGCAGGAACAUCUGUGUCAAUGGUGUGUGCAAGGAGGUGGGAUGUGAUUUUGGCAUUAAUUCUAACGCUAAAGAGGACAGCUGUGGUGUUUGUCUUGGUGAUGGAUCCACUUGUGAGACGGUGAAGGAAAACUUUGUGGAGCAAGAUGGAUUUGGGUACAUGGACCUGGUUUUGAUCCCGGCGGGAGCUCGGGAUAUCUACAUUCAGGAAGUGGAAGAAGCUGGGAAUUUCCUUGCGAUGCGAGCGUCUGAUUCAGAUGAAUAUUACCUCAAUGGGAAUUACAUCAUUCAGUGGAAUGGAGAGUACGAGGCUGGUGGCACAAAGUUUAACUACGAGCGCAGCGGAAAUAUAGAGAAUCUCACCUCAGCGGGACCAACAACUGAACCUGUCAUGAUCCAGUUGUUGUUCCAAGAGCUGAAUCCCGGUGUCAAGUACGAGUACACCAUUAAGAGGCGUCGCCCGCUGGGAAACGAAAUCCUGGAACCAGAGUAUAUCUGGAAACAUGGAGCCUGGACUGACUGCAGCACAACUUGUGGCCUUGGUGAGCAGCAUCAGCCUGUGCGCUGUUUUGAGCCAGAGGUUGGUGUGGUCGAGGAAAACCUGUGUGAUCCGAGUACACGUCCUGAUGAUAAACAUCGCAAGUGCAAAAGCAGGGACUGCCCUGCAAGGUGGUGGGUUGGAGGAUGGCAGACGUGCUCGUCCACAUGCGGUUCAACCGGAGUGAAAAAGCGCACCAUUCUGUGUGUCCGUACGGUGGCUGGAGAAGAGCGAGUUCUGCACCCUGGUGACUGUAAGCAGCUGCUCAAACCCAAACCUGCAGUUCCUUGUAACCGAGACGUACCGUGUGGCUCAGAAUGGACUGUGGGGAACUGGAGUGAGUGCUCCCAGUCUUGUGAUGGAGGAAUAAAGUCGCGAAUGGUCAAGUGUGUGGCAAAACAACCCAGCCGGUGCAACCCUGCCACUCGACCCCGCUCCACAAUCCUCUGUAACCUCCAGAGCUGCUCAUCCACUAACCGAUGGACAGGACCACGAUUCAGACCACGCAAAAUCCCAACCCAGCCCCCCGGGACCCAAACAACACAAUACAGCCCUACUAUCACACCUCCAAACACCUCUACACCCAUUACCACACAAUCCAACACUUCCCCAACAUCGGAUAUCAUCCACGAAGACGACAAAGACUUUAUACUAGUAAAAAAAAACAAUGUAGCAGUUCCCACAAUUACUGAAGACGAGGAGGGAAGCACAGACCUGCAGCCUCCUGAUAAAAGCUAUACACCAGGUUAUGAUUACAUAGAAGAUCCAGAACGGAUACGUGAGGAUGAUUUGUUCACCAGCAAACCUGAAGAAGUGCUCAUAUCCAGUGUGCAACCAAUAACAAUGAGUGCACCAGUUAGCACAACAAAACCAGCCAUUACUACUACCAUUCGGACGCAAUAUGAUGGUCAUCUGGCGACGCAUGCAUGUGCCAAAACUAGCUUAUAUGAAUUUAAUUCUACCCCAAAACCAACGCUGUCACAUUUAAACACUCUAAGUUCACAGGUAACUGUUCCUACAGUGAAGAUACUGAGAAAGGCCUUGCAAACGCUGAAAGUUCCCAAUAAAAGCAAUGUGCUUAAAGCAGCCCGACUGAAACUGCAGAUGACGACCAUUACAGAUGAUGACGAUGGGAAUCUGAACGCUCAGAUUGUCAGCAAGAAUGCCUUUUGGAAAGUGGGGAACUGGAGUGAUUGCUCUACUUCGUGUGGUCUUGGUGCAGUGUGGCGGUCCGUCUCCUGCAGCUCAAAGCAAGAGGAAGACUGUGCCAGUGUGAAGAAGCCAGAACCGGCCAGACGAUGCAACCUGCGACCCUGUGCCGUCUGGAAGACUGGAAACUGGUCCAAGUGUCCUGAAGGCUGUGUGACCGAUAUGAAGUAUCGAGAAGUGCAGUGCAUUGAUACUCAGAACAGGCGUCCACUGAGGCCUUUUCACUGUCAGGCUCUUUCGCACAAACCACCCAGUAGUCUGCCCUGCAACACUCUGCCCUGCCUGCAGUGGAUGCAUUCGCCCUGGGGAGAGUGCUCAAAAAGCUGUGGACAUGGAGUGAAGGAAAGGCUUGUGUACUGUCCCGAGAACCAGCACUGCAAUGUCACACUCAAACCCAACAGCACUGAGUCCUGCCAUCUGCAGCCGUGCGCCGGCUGGGCAACUGAAGCCUGGAGUCAGUGCUCCAGAAGUUGUGGUGGAGGGGUUCAGAAGCGAGCGGUGAGGUGCAUAAAUGAGGAAUCCGGCGAAGAAGAAAAGGCGUCAAUGUGUGCAAUAAUCAAUAAACCCGACAGUGUACAGAACUGCAGCACAGAAGACUGCAAAACUGAUUUAGGUCUGCUUUGUAAGAAAAACAGCAUGUCGUCACUGUUUUGUGAGAAACUCAAGCUGCUGGGCCGUUGCUCUCUUCGGUCCAUCCGCAAGCAGUGUUGUGUGACGUGUAUGGUGUAACUCCUGCAGAGGUCAGGUUUGGGUCAUCGAGCAAAAGCACAAACUACUGGACAAACUGCAGACAAGGUUGAUGAGGCCCUCAAAACAGAGAUGUCCCUCACACAUCCAGUUGAAGUCAGAAUUAUUAGCCUUCCUUUAUAUUUUUCCCCAAUUUCUCUUUAAUGGAAAGAUUUAUUCAACACAUUUUAAACAUAAUAGUUU